CGGCCCAGGUGGAGGCGGCGGCGGGACCGGGGCCGGGAUUGGGACCGGGCUCAGCACCGGCACCGGGCCGAGGCGAGGGGGGAGGAAUUCAGCCGUGUCCCAGGGCUCCCGUGCGUGAAGGACGGAGGAAGAGCAAGGCUGCCGUGGGCGUUUGCCAUCAAGACCCACUGCACAGGAUCCCUCUUAUGAGCCUGCCGACCGCCGCCGGCCCGAGAUGUCAGCCGGCGACAAGAACGGGGGCAGCCGCUCCAGCAGCAGCCGCCUGCAGAGCAAGAAGCCCCCCAACCUCUCCAUCGUCAUCCCGCCCCGGGAGGCGGAGGAGGAUGGUGCCCCCAAAGAGCCCUCCAAGGUCCCCAUCUACCGAAAGAGCAAGAGCCUGCAGGAGCCCCGCCUGGAACGCCGGCACGGAUUCCGCCGGCAAACUUCCCUGUCCCAGAGCAUCCGCAAGGGCACAGCGGAAUGGUUUGGUGUCAGCAGCGACUGGGAGGGGAAGCGCCAGCAGUGGCAACGCAAGAGCCUGCAGCACUGCAGCAUGAGGUAUGGCAAGCUGAAGCCUGCCUAUCGUGACAUGGAGCUGCCCAGCCAGGAGGUGCCCUCCUUCCAAGGCACCGAGUCGCCCAAGCCUGCCAAGAUGCCCAAGAUCGUGGACCCUCUGGCCAGGGGCCGUCCCUUCCGCCACCCCGACGAGACCGACCGUCCCCACACGCCCCACCACGUCCUGCCCCCGCUCACCCCCGGCGUUGUCUCCUUGGCGUCCUUCAACAGCAUCCGCUCCGGCCACGGCCGCCUGCCGCGCAGGAAGAGGGAGUCUGUCGCCCACAUGAGCUUCAAGGCGGCCGCAGCCCUUCUCCGCGGACGCUCUGUCCUGGAGCCACUGGCUCCCAAGCGGAGGAGCAACAAGAGGAGCUUUGUGUACCCCAGCUUCAUGGAUGAGGACAUGGUGGAUGCUGCUGAUACCCUGGACUCGUCCUUCUUCAGUAAGAUGGACAUGCACGACGAGACGUACUCCAUGACCGAUGAUGUCUUCGAGUCACCACCUCUAUCAGCCACGUACUUACGCAUGCACCAUGUGGGGGAGGAUGCCAGGGUGUCCCCCGAGGUGGAGCAGCCCACCCCGCGGGAGGGUGCCCGGCUCGCCUCGGUGUCCGGUGGCGCGGGCGCAGCCCCCCGGCGGGGCAGGCGCAUCGCCUCCAAGGUGAAACACUUUGCCUUCGACCGCAAGAAACGCUACUACGGGCUGGGGGUGGUGGGCAAGUGGCUGAACAGGACGUACCGCCGCAGCCUGAGCAGCAUGGUGCAGUCACAGCUGGAGAUCACCGACAGCCACCGGCCGUAUUUCACGUACUGGAUCACCUUUGUGCACAUCCUCAUCACCUUGCUGGUCAUCGGCACCUACGGCAUCGCCCCCAUCGGCUUCGCCCAGCACGUGACGACAGACUUGGUACUGAGGAACAAGGGGGUCUAUGAGAGUGUCAAGUACAUCCAGCAGGAAAACUUCUGGAUUGGGCCCAGCUCGAUUGACCUGAUCCACCUAGGAGCCAAGUUCUCCCCCUGCAUCCGGAAGGAUCGGCAGGUGGAGCGGCUCAUCCAGCGCGAGCGGGACCGGGAGCGCGGCUCCGGCUGCUGCGUCCAGAACGACAACUCGGGCUGCAUCCAGACCCUGCCGCAGGACUGUUCGGAGACACUGGCGACGUUCAUCAAGUGGCCGGGCAGCAACGCACCAGCCAUGGGCUCGGGGGAGAAGAGGACAUCAGGAGCUGUGUGUCACCAGGACCCCAGGACGUGCGAGGAGCCAGCAUCCAACCCACCCCACGUGUGGCCAGAUGACAUCACCAAGUGGCCGAUCUGCACCUAUGAGACCAAAACCAACCACACAGGCUUCGCCCACCUGGACUGUGAGAUCAAGGGCAGGCCCUGCUGCAUCGGCACCAAGGGCAGCUGCGAGAUCACGACGCGGGAGUACUGCGAGUUCAUGCACGGCUACUUCCACGAGGAGGCAACGCUCUGCUCGCAGGUGCACUGCCUGGAUGAGGUCUGUGGGCUCCUGCCCUUCCUCAACCCAGAGGUCCCUGACCAGUUCUACCGCCUGUGGCUGUCCCUGUUCCUGCACGCCGGCAUCCUCCACUGCCUGGUGUCGGUGACCUUCCAGAUGACAGUGCUGCGGGAUCUGGAGAAGUUGGCAGGCUGGCAUCGCAUCUCCAUCAUUUUCAUCCUCAGUGGCAUCACGGGAAAUCUGGCCAGUGCCAUCUUCCUGCCCUACAGGGCGGAGGUGGGCCCUGCCGGGUCCCAGUUUGGCCUCCUGGCCUGCCUCUUCGUGGAGCUCUUCCAGAGCUGGCAAGUGCUGGAGAAACCCUGGAAAGCCUUCCUCAACCUCUCCGGCAUUGUCCUCUUCCUCUUCAUCUGCGGCCUCUUGCCCUGGAUCGACAACAUCGCCCACCUCUUCGGCUUCCUCAGUGGCCUCCUGCUCUCCUUCGCCUUCCUGCCCUACAUCACCUUCGGCACGAUGGACAAGUACCGCAAGAGGGCCAUGAUCAUCGUGUCCCUGCUGGUCUUCGUGGGGCUCUUUGCCUCCCUGGUGGUCUGGCUCUACGCCUACCCGGUGAACUGGCGCUGGGUGGAGUAUCUCACCUGCCUGCCCUUCACCAGCAAGUUCUGCGAGAAGUACGAGCUGGAGCAGGUCCUGCACUGACCCUGCCGGCGGGGACAGGGCUGGGAGAGGCGCCGGCGGCGAUGCUUUCCAUGGGGGAGACGGCAGCAGCUGCUCCAGGAUGGAGCAGGCCCUGGGCACAGCUUCAUCCUCAGGGAUGGUGGGUUUUGGGUCCUGCUCAGUGCUGGGGAUGCAGUGGGGAGCAGGCCUGAGCCAGCCCUGCCUUGCACCCCUUUGGGCUGCCUCCUGGUGCUGAAAAGCCAUAACUGGUUUGGGGACCGACUCCUGCAUGGGGAAAGGGACGAAGGAUGUGGGAUUUUGGUGUAUCCACAGCCAGGCUGGACUCCCAGCCUGGGGGUGAAGCUGCCGAGGUCUCCAGCCUGUG